CGACGUGGUUGAGAGUAGGAGCGCGCGUCGAGGAAUCUCCGAGGUGGACCACCGUCUGGGCUCUUUGCCCAGUUUCGCCCUCUUCAACAUGGACGAAGUUCCUCCGGAGGAGGGCGUCUUCAACCGGUCAGAACCUCAAGAACAACUCCCAGCAUUUGUUCUUAUCCUUUCCAACCUGACGCACGCAGCGGAGUUCGCUAUUCACUACAGGAGCUACUAUGCGAAUCCUCCAGGCGGUGAAGUUGAAGUUCCGUCGCGGACGGUGAAUGAUGGGAGUACAAAGCGAUUGAUUGCUUCUUACUGGGAAGAGAUCAACUUCGCCUCCGAAGCAGCAUUGCCAUUGGACCACGCAAAGGAACGGAGAAAGAAGCAGGUUAACAGCAAAGCCAGAUCCGCGACGUCCACUUCCACCAUAGACGCCAGACACGACAAAAACCUCCAACGCAGCUAUACGGUUGUGCCCCACCCGUCGCGCUCCUACGGGCAGCUCUUCACGACCGGAACUCAGCUAGUGGUUGCCAACACGGAGUGGGCUGCAGUGCUGGUUGAAGAUGAGGAAGCUAAGGGACUACACGACACUAAUGCUGAGGAGUCACCUACUUUCAACAUCUCCGGCAAGGACUCCUCGCAAACGCAGGACGUCGAGAAAAUCGCAGUUGGCCCCCUGUAUGACUUCGGUGUGCCGGUUUUGAAAUUCCACCACCUUAUCAAAUGUAAAAAUGUCUGGGUCCGGAAGAUUGCCAGGUUUGUCAUGCAUAUUUUGAAUGACCCAUGAUGUCUGUGAUGCAUGCCCUAGCAUCAUAGAUUUUCAGAGGACUUUGCGAUGUCUCUACCGCAUGAGAAAUGCCCUCUUCACGUAGCACAAACUGGAGUCCUUUUGCUGGUCAUGCAAUACAAAUUUUUUUAGAAUCCAGAGACAGCAUGACAAGUUUGAAAUCUUCCAGACUCAGACACUUUUGCAUUUGAUACACCUCGGCGUGCGCGACCGCUACGUUGCGGUUCUGUAUCCUGUGCAAAAGUAUCGCACUCGUAGUAAUCGCAAACAUGCAUUACAAAUCUUGCUCUUAAGGUAAAUCCGCAUUACAAAUUUUGUUUUUCAUGCUGAGAAAAUUUGUAAUGCAUGUAUACGAGUACGAUACUAUACUUUUGCAAUUCAUAUUCUGGGGAAUGGCACCAUUGCGACCUGCAGUAUCCGGGUGACGACGACGGACGGGUUUCCACAGCUGCGCGUGACAGCUUCUCUAGACAUGUUUGCUGAAAGACAAGAGAGUGUGGUACCAAGCGCAGCAAGAGCAGCAGCUCACGACGCAGCAAAUGUCAUCGGUGAAAAAACAGCAUUUUCUCGCCUCUGCCGGAAAUCCACUUCUAGUCUGGCGAGAAGAACUUCACCCACUGUUGUAGUAGAGAUCAUCAACCUUGACGAAACGUCAUUCGGUGUCGUGGCUAGAGCUGCAAUCGAGCAAACCGCGGCGGAAAGUGAUGAAGAACAGAACCCGUGCUGGCGACUGCUCUUCGUUUCCACGGCCGCCGCCUGGAAACUGCACGGAGCGGAGCUCAUUGUUCCCUUCGCCAGCUGGCUGCCGGGAGGUUUGGUAGCGGCGCAGCCUGCAAUCCUGAAGCUGCGCGACAAGAACGACAAGCACAAGACGAGGGGGGCGGGAGCUCACAACGGGCUACAAAUCUGGUCUUUGUUUGCCGAUAUUGCGUCUGCUGGUGAAGGAAGUAGAAAAGGAGCAGGACAAGACUCCGCCACUUUAUCUUCGCACACCUACCGAGUGGCCAUCCCGUACCUGAAUCAGCGUUCAGCUGCUUGGUCAUGGGAAUUUUGGCAAGUCGACCUGAAUGCGCUUCAGGAGAAGGCGCAGGCAAUUUUGCAAGCGAAGGAGGAAUUUAAAAUUGACAACGAAAAAAAUGAAGCCCCAGGAGAUGAUGACACGUUCGUGGAACAAAUAAGCAACAUCAGCUCAAGGGCAACUCUCGCCGCUGGCGGCGCAAGCGAUGAAGGAACCGAGAAUACACUACCUGCACGAAGCGAGGCUGUUUUACAACUUGACGCAGCAGCAGCACCAGCCGCGACAGACGACUUGCUAAGCACGCUGUCCGAGAUUGUUUUCGACAACCAGCCUCCGUUCCGCAACUUCGUUUGGCUUUUCGACAAGAACCACUCUUGGCUUGCUUGGUACGCGUACGAGUACGACGGAGAGAUUUUCAGCAUCAUCUUGAUCGCCGCGGGCACCUUCGUCUACAUGCGGUUGUGGCAAAACGGCAAAGAGGACUCAGGGCCAGCAGUCGACCCGCGCGUAUGGGAAGACCCCUGCUGGAAUGACCCGAAGAAGUUUAGAGAAUUGUAUGACGCGAUUCUGUCGGGCGUAAAGGAAUCGCAGGAUACAGACCAAGCAAUGUCGUCACCAGGUGGUGGUUGUUCUGCUGGCGCGACGAACGGGCUUCGGCCAUUCUGAUGAUAAAAAGUUGAAUCGUAUAUUGUAUUUACCUUGAAGAGGAAGGCGUUAACGUAAACGAGCAGGCGCCUCUUUUUUGCAACUGCUGUGAAAGCGAAAAUCGCAAACGAAGUGAACCUGCGGAUGAAGGUUCCGCUCUUUCACGGACUACACUCAGU